UGAGUGAUCACUGGGUUAGUGUAAUUUUAUUAUUGAGGCUUUCUUUUCAUUUCAAUUAAUAAUGAAAAAACUGGUAAAGAAAUGGGGAACUAAUUAUUUAAACCAGCCUCUACUACUUAAUAGAAUAGAUAACACGAGGCUGUCCAGUUCAUCCACCUUUUGAAAAUGUACAUUUUUUUAAAUCCAAACUGCUGCUACCAGGCAUUCAAAUGGGAGAAGACUGAACAUUUUUACAGCUUACAAUAUGCAGAAAAACUCCAGCUACAAUGAAUGGUGAAAUAAUUGAAUCUUAGAUGUGUUAACUUGCAUUCAUCCUCUGCACAUACUGGCUCUCCUUUGAGUCUUAACACGUUCCCCACAUUGUAAAAAAUUUCACAACUCCAUCUCUUCAUUCUGAGGAAAAAUUACAUGCAGGAAUGUCCAGGACUCCUGCUUCUUUCAUGUAGCUGCUACAGACUGCAAUCACCUGUCUAAAGAUAAAACUUACCUGCCUUGAACUAAAAUAUUGACAAUAAGUCAUAAGUCACUAGAUUUGUAUGAGUGUGUUUCUGAAUUCCCCUGUCACAUUUCUGAUAUAAUUUCUCUCUUUGGCUUUAGUAUCAUCUCUACUCUAAAAAAUAAUUCCCACUGAGGACAUAGUGAGUCGGUGUGGUGGUUAGUAUUGUCACCUCACAGCAAGGAGGUUCUUAAUUAAUAUCUAAAAUCCAGGCCAUUUCUGUGUAGUUUGCGAACCUCCACCUAUAGCAGGGAUUGGCUCUGGCCCCCGUAACCACUUCGAGGAUAAAGUGGUAUAGAUAAUGGAUGGACGGACAAGUCUGUUCAUGUCCUUGUGUGAUUGAGCAGAAAUCUUCAUACCUUUCGUCAGCGGUGACCCUCCGUCUGUGAUAUACUUCCCCUCUGAACUGAACCCAGCAGAGCUCUCUGGUCACCCCUGUUGAUUUGCUUCACUUCUCACCUGCCUUCAUUUAAAAUUGAUUACAUGCUGCUUGUGAUUUUCAGUGGGAGAACAUGAGCAGACCGGCCUGUAGCGUCCAUCACGCUUGAAUAAGUCAUAUUAAGGCUAAAACAUACCUUCAGAGACAGGGGCCCUCACAGCUUUUGUUUGUGCAGAGUUGGUUACCACAGAAGUCAGCGAGUUAACUGACUUUUUGGAGCCGUAUUGUUCAAAGAUGAGUACAAUCAGUGAUCUGACUGCUGAAGAAAACACUCAACAGCCUGAUGACAUGGAUCUGACUUGUUGCGAUGUUCCUACUGUCAGCACCUCACCCCACCAGACCGACAUGCCAGGCGAUGCAGAGCCGCAGACCAUGAGAGUUUACCUCCGAGUCAGGCCCUUCUCCAGAGAGGAGCUGGUUGACAACGAAGACCAGGAUUGUGUGGUGAUCGAAAACAGCCAGACGGUGUCACUGAAUGCACCGAAGGGUUCUGCCACCAUGAAGAGCAGCGAGAAGGGCAUCGGCAUGUCAAUCCACAAAUUCUCCUUCUCACAGAUUUUUGGAUCGGAGACGACACAGGCUGAGCUCUAUGAGAACACAGUCAAAAGCCAAAUGUCUGAUUUCUUGGAUGGAAAGAAUGCGCUGAUAUUCAGCUAUGGAGUAACCAACGCUGGGAAAACAUUCACAAUCCAAGGGACCCCAAAAGAUCCGGGAAUACUCCCCCGAGUGCUGGACGCCACCUUUCACCACAUUGGAAGUGACCAGUAUGAGGGGAUGGACGUGAAACCCUACCUCAGAAAUGAAGCACAGUACCUGGGUCCUGACCAAGUCAAGCAGGAGAGAGGUGCUAAAGCUGCCAUUUUUGCCACAGUCAAAGAGGAGUGUGAUCCUCUCAGGGCCAGUAGUGGAUCGGAGCCCUUACCCUGUGCUUCCAGUGCUCUGUCAAACAAUCAAACAGAAGCAGGCAGCAGUCAGUUUGCUUUAUGGGUGGCAUUCUUUGAAAUCUACAACGAGUGUGUAUAUGAUCUGCUUCAACCGUCGCUGUGCUCCAAGUCCAAGAAACGUGCCGCUCUUCGAGUGUGUGACAAUGGUGCCGGGAAUGCUUAUGUUAAAGACCUCCAGUGGAUUAACAUCCACAACCUGGGUGAAGCCUACAAACUACUGCACUUUGGAAACAAAAACAGAAGUGCUGCAGCCACUAAGAUGAACCAGUCCUCAAGCAGAAGCCACAGCAUAUUUACCAUGAAGUUACUCAAGAUUGAUGGUGGUGAAGUUAAAAGGAUCUCAGAGUUUUCUCUGUGUGACCUGGCUGGCUCAGAACGGUGCAACAAAACCAAGACAUUUGGAGAGCGGCUGAAGGAGGCGGGAAACAUAAACAACUCCCUGCUCAUCCUGGGGAAGUGCAUCACUGCGCUUCGAAACAAUCAGACAGAGCGAAUGAAGAGCAGCUACAUUCCUUUCCGAGAGAGCAAACUCACCAAGCUCUUCCAGGCUGUUUUCUGCGGCAAAGGAAGAGGGUCGAUGAUCGUCAACAUCAACCAGUGUGCUUCCACCUAUGACGAGACUCUCCACGUUAUGAAAUUUUCUGCCGUGGCCAAACAGGUGUUGCAGGUAAUCCCUGACAAGCCUCUGGGAUUUCUGGCUCCUUGUCUGGUCGGUCGUGAUGGCAAACCUCUGGUGAAGAAUGGGAUGAUAGACGACCAGGCCCUGGAGAGCUACCUGUCUGAAGACGAGCUGCUUGAUGAAGAGGACGAGGCCAACAUGUCUUUGCUGCCACAGAAUGUACAACUACUGGAGCUUGUGAAUAUGAUUGAGAGCCUCCGAACAAAACUCCUGGCUGAGAGAAGAAGAAACCUAGUACAGGAAAUGGAUAUCCGUAAGGAAAUGGGAGAUGCAAUGAUACAACAGCUCAUGGAGAGCGAAGAACUCCGCACUCGUCAGAUAGAACAGCUGAAGGAGAGCUACCAAGAAAAGCUGGAGAACACAUUUGAGAUGUACAAGGAUGCAAUCAAAAAGCAUGCCUACCAGAGUGCCAUGAACAAUCUGGAAGACGACUACGUGCCUCUGGAUGAAUUCAUAGCGGAAGAGGAGAAAGUAGAGGCCCUCAGACGUAAAGUGGCGGAGUUGGAGACCAAAGGAGUGUCAGCAGUUCCAUCAUUGGACCAGUCGUCCCAGACGCAAACAUGUAAAGCGGCAGAAGCAGCAGCAGAGUUGACUUUUUCUACCCAACGGGACGAUCGAUGCAAACGCCUAUACAAAGAAAAAUGUGCCAUCGAGAGGAUGUGUGAGGAUAAACAACAGUUGAUUUUGUCCCUGGAGAAAAGACUGAUGGAUCUAAGUGAAACACUUCAGAAGAUCAGAGAUGGCUUCCUGGAGAAAUCAGCUGAUCUGGAGGCUCUGCAGAUGAAGUCUGAUGACCAGAAAAAAUAUUUGGAGGACGCCCUCCGGCAGAAUGUUGAGAAGGACCAGGAGAUUGCCUCACUAAAGGCAGAAGUUGCCAAGCUCUCCCAGAAGUCCCCCGUGCAGCCCAAGGUGAAGCGAGGCCUGCUCGCCAACAUCAGGGAAGCGGUCACUUCUCCACGAAAGGGUGCGUCUGGCCGAAUACUAAGGAAAACUGUUCGAACCACUGCAAACCACUGAAAAGGUUUUUAAAAAAAGGUUUUUAGGGUAUACCUGGGAAAGAAACCCAAACAACUAUUUAUUUUAACAUCUUUUAUUCAGGUGAAAUGUUUUUCUUGUGAUGUAUUUUUUUUAAAUAAAAAUGAAAUUAAUCAGA